GAUCGUUUAUUUUCCUGUCAGCUGCUCUAACAAAUAAGUGAUGUGAGUAACAUACGCGGUUUUCAUUACCUGACACACGAAUAAGACCAAACGGCUAAAUAAUUCAUUAUUCGCAGAGCAAAGUACUUAGUAGCCUGAUGGCGGUACUAGGCCGCCUGUUGUUACUAUAAAACAGGAGAUCAAUACCUCAAGGGUGAGCGCAACGCGAAUUUGCUAUGAUCACAGGAUGCAUCAAUGAUUCAUAAGUGAAGAGGAGUUUAUACAUUUUGUAGAAAAAAACGCGGAGCUACUGGCUCAAUAACACAAGCAAUGGAGGAAAUACAAACCGGAUAAAACCCAACUAACACACCUUGCGUCUCUAUCAAGCGUCAUCCGUUAAGCGAAGUGUAAGAGCGGUGUACACUAAUAGAUGUGCCAAUUGGUAUCUAUUUCUCACUAUCGCGGGAGUGUUGAAGCAUGAUUCAAGCAAACUGUUGGAUUCUUAUCAGUGUUUCUUCCUUUCUAGGGGUCAUCUCGUGCUCAGGGGCUGCAAAUCCAAGCGCUGAACAGAGACUCAUCAGUGAUCUUUUACAAGGAUACAGCCGAAACGCGAGACCCGUUCUGAAUAGCAAUCACACUCUUAAAGUAUUCUUCGGCAUGGAGAUAGUACAGAUCGUAAAUGUUGAAAACCGUAACCAAAUAAUCCAAACCAACGUAUGGAUACGCCAGCGCUGGGAUAACGAACUGUUGACUUGGCAUCCAUCUAACUACGAGGGAGUCCAGACCGUACGUCUUGACGCCAAGUCUGUGUGGAUCCCGGAUAUAGUGCUUUACGACAGCGCGGACAGUGUGUUCAGCGGCGGUCACGAGAAAUACAAGACCCACGUGAUAAUCAGCAAAGACGGUUCCUCAGCAUGGUUCAGUCCAGCCUCGUUCCGAAGCACAUGUAAAAUUGACGUGACGUAUUUUCCGUUUGACGAGCAAACGUGUUACAUGAAAUUCGGCUCAUGGACAUACACUAUAGCGGACGUCGACAUACAGGCGUCCCCCGCGCCCGUGAAAUCCUCCAAAUACCUCAAAAGCGCGGAGUGGGACCUUAUGAGUGCGACCACCUCGCGCAAGUCUCAAAUCUACGCGUGCUGCCCGGAGCCAAUCUCUGACGUCACCAUCGCCAUGACGAUACGCCGAAAGCCCUUGUUUUACGCGUUUAACUUGAUCACGCCCUGUAUGAUCAUGUUGACUAUGAUUCUACUUGGGUUCUUCUUACCGCCGGAGUCUGGGGAGAGAAUUACGCUAAGCAUCACGGUACUUCUAGCCAUGGCAGUCUUUCUUCAGCUCGUCGCAGAGACCCUCCCGCGCAACUCGGAGAGCAUACCGCUACUUGGGAGAUUUUACAUCACCAUCAUGACCGAGAUAGCCGUGUCUCUGAUGGCCACGUGCUGGGUCUUGAACAUUCACCACAGGAAUUCCGGUACCACGCUAGUUGUCGAGAUGCCAAAAUGGGUUGAUGUAAUCGUGCUAAGAUGGCUCGCGGUAGUCCUGUGUGUUCGCCAACCGCCGUCCAUUCCACAUGACCUGGUAACUAGCGAGCAAGACAGAGAAAGUAAGUUUCUACACGAGUUUGACGAGCUGCCCGAUAUCGAAAACGCGUACACACCCCUCCCCUCCAUGAAUGGUAAUUUGUCAUCGCACAAUCACGUCAUGCAUGACAGGCCACGUAAUUCAGUAACCAUGGCAACCAACGGCAUUCCUGGCACGUGUAGGACGGUCACUUGUUUGCUGCAAAACAGAAGUCACGAGGAUCACUACGAGAAGCGCUGUGUUCGCGAUAUCCGGACCAUCGCGGAUCACACCAGGAUGCAAUGGCAAAUCGAGGAUAAUCAACUUCGUUGGAAACACGUUGCUAUGGUGAUGGACAGACUAUUUUUUUGGAUUUUUGUCCUGACCAUAUUCAUCUCAACCAUGAUAAUUUUCAAAGAAAAAAUCAGACAAUAUUUGAAUGAGAACAUGUGACGUCGUAAAAUAACUAUUUUUUUCGAGCAAAAUACAAUAAACGUUUUAACAAAAAAUAAUGCCACAUGCCACCUUUAAUGUUCUAUUCGUUGUCGCUUUUUUUCCUUUGCCAUUGUUGAUAGUGUGUGUCUAUUCCAAUUGUUG